AUGUCGAGAAUAUUUGGUAUACAAUGUAGUGAAGUAGAAGCAGCACUAAUAUCUCAGAUCCAGGAAUGGUCCACAGCUACGAAUUGCCAAGACGACAAAUGCAAUUACGAGAUUACAGAAGAUGAACUGGAUAGCGUUCGAGUAAAGCACAGAGUUACGUCCCUUGAUUAUAUAAACGCCAUUAUAUUCAGGUUUCGGAAUGGCACCAAUGGUUGCCAUGUCAAUGGUUUCUCUAUAUCUAUAAAUCCCUACGCCUAUUUUGAUGGCAGUACCAACUACUGUGGCAUGCACACGUUGAUUACAGGCUCGUCUUUAGAUCAGGAGCCGGAAUACCAAGAGAUGACCUCAGAGAAAAUAUGCACACAGUACUCUAUCGCAAACUGCUCUUAAUGAGUUAUGAAUGCAGUUUUAUUUUCUUAGUCUUAAAGAAAUGUGCCAUAGUAAA